AUGCCUCGUUUCUGGGCCGAUCUUGCGUUCUUACCGUCCCCUGCAAGCCAGACUCGGGAGCUUUCGUUACGAGGGCCAAUCUCUAUCUAUUCACUGAAGUUUAUGGAGCUCAUACACAACCGGAAGGCAACAGUCUGGUCCUUCAGAGAGCUGAAUAAAUCUGCUGCCGAAUUUAUCCAUGUUCGGCUUGCUACUUGCGUUCAAAUCAAUACUGUCGCUCCUCGGCUUGUCGAAUUGGAGGAGCUGGAAAUGUUAUCCGUAUAUUCUGCUUACUCCAACGAAACACUCCACAACCUUACGAGGGCCGCCGUCAUGUUGCUCGAGUAUAUCAGUGGUGAUACCAUACAGUUGGAAACACCUCCGGUCAGAGGGUAUCAAUUCAACGAGCUACGCCACAAUCAUGAAUGGUAUUUUUUAUUAACAAAAAUAACAAAUGUCUACUACGCAAGCCCAAGCCUAAUUUAG